GAUCGCCGGCUAGUUCCGGACAACGCCUGGUGUGUGGUAACAACGGUGGCAGCGGUAGCGGCGAGAGAGAGGAGGACGCUGUUUUUCCGGCACGUACUUCCGGCAAGAGCGACGGGGGAAACCUGCUCGGGGGUCCGAGAGGCUUCGCGGGUCAGGUGAAAGGGAGAAGUGAGAGCUAUAUAUUUUUAAGUAUUCUAAACAUCUAUUUACAAUAAGGAGAGAAAUAUAGCUGUACUUGAAUGAGGAACCUGUUGCUUCAGUAGCCUUUUUCUUCAAGAGUGGGUCUUUGAAUGAGGAUGACAAUGGAAGAGAUGAGGAAUGAAGCAGAGACCACUUCUAUGGUUUCCAUGCCUCUCUAUGCUGUUAUGUAUCCUGUCUUUAAUGAGCUAGAACGAGUAAAUCUAUCAGCAGCUCAAACAUUGAGAGCAGCUUUUAUUAAGGCAGAAAGGGAAAACCCAGGUCUCACACAAGAUAUUAUCAUAAAAAUUUUGGAAAAGAAAAGCAUUGAAGUUAAUUUUACCGAAUCUCUUUUGCGCAUGGCAGCGGAUGAUGUAGAAGAGUACAUGAUUGAAAGGCCAGAGCCUGAAUUCCAAGACCUCAAUGAAAAGGCACGAGCACUUAAACAGAUUCUCAGCAAGAUUCCAGAUGAGAUCAAUGACAGAGUGAGGUUUCUUCAGACAAUCAAGGACAUUGCCAGUGCAAUAAAGGAACUUCUCGAUACAGUAAAUAAUGUCUUCAAGAAAUACCAAUACCAGAACCGGAGGGCACUUGAACACCAAAAGAAAGAAUUUGUAAAAUACUCCAAAAGUUUCAGUGACACUUUGAAAACUUAUUUUAAAGAUGGAAAGGCAAUAAAUGUGUUCAUAAGUGCCAACCGACUAAUUCAUCAAACUAACUUGAUACUCCAGACCUUCAAAACUGUGGCCUGAAAAAAAAACUGUAUAUGUUGAGAGCUGUACUUUUCAAUGACGGAUAGGAUACCUUUAUAUGUAAACUUUAAAGUUUUGACUGUGUAAAUUAUCAAUCCCAAUUGAAGGGACUUAAUGCAGGAUUUUGAAUGGGAUUUAUUGCCAUCUUACACCAUAUUUUUGUAAAAACAUAGCUUAAUCAUAAUCACACAAUGAAGAUUUUGCAUCACUUUUUUGCUAUUAUUCUUUUCAGAAUUAUAAGCCAAAAGAAUUUACGCCUUAAUGUGUCAUUAUGUAACAUUCCUUAUAAGAACUGUAAAUAUUUGGUGUUCCGUUUCUGACAUUUUAACUUGAAAGCGAAAAACUGCAACAGAAUUAUGUAUUUAACAAUAUUGGUGGCAAAUAUUCAAUAAAUAGUUUACAUCUGUUUAUCUCUAUAAUUUUAUCCCAUAAUGGUGUCCUUGAAGCUAAAAUCGGGGAGAUAUACAUAUGUCUUCAGAGUUCAUACAAAGAAUGAUGUCCUUUUAAGAAGAUUGAAUCUUAGACAGCAUCUUCAAAGUUUCCUGCACAGAAAUUCACUCUAACUACUGAAUCUUUCCUUCAAAGCUUGAUUUUUUUUCAGAUUAUUUUUAGAGUAAAUUAUUAUAUUACCAAAGAACUCAUCAUUAGAGGUGGCGUGAACUGCAGGACCUCUUUGGGGAAUAAUAAUUUGACCAUGGUGUACUAAUUUAGCUGCACCGAAGAUUAAGAAAUUACUUUUGUUAACAUAAAUAUUCGGGUGGGAAUAUCUCUAGCAUUUGGCAAUGUAACAAAAGCAAAAGUGGAGUUUGCCCAAAGGAGUUUGGCAUUUAAUUCUGAUAACAGAAACCAGUGAAGGAAAGACAGGUGAAGAUAACAUGCAGGCUACCCAUAUCACUGUGCUAGAAAUUAUAUUUAAUAAAAUAUUGCAGUUAUAUCAAUGCAAGA